GUGGCUGCCGUGAGCGGCGAGGUGGCUGCCGUUGUGGACAGUGAAACCCGGAGAGACGCUUGGAGGGACGCCCUUGAGAACGACCACAAGAAGACCCGCCAGGCGCUCAAGAAGAUGCAGGAGGCCUGGGAACUCUCCACCGACUUCUGCAUCCCCGAGGACCUGCACGAAAGCCUGUGUCAGCUGAGGGAAUGGAGCGAAGAACUGACGCAGCAGAAGGUGGCCGUGAUCGAGGGCCUGCGGGAGGAGCUGCGAGAGCUGGACGCCAUCUACAGCAAGGAAGCUCUGCAGCAUGCCCGGGAGAGGGUCGAGUUGCUCAGGAGAAUCACAGAGCAUGUGACCGAGCUCCACCAAUCAUACCGUACCUCACUGAGGGCUGUGCAGGAAGUGGCGGAUACCGAGCGCAAGGAGCUGGUGGCGCAUUACAACGACGUAUGGGACGAGGCCGUCCGAGAAUUAAACCAACAGCUGCACCGCCUCCUACAUGAACGGCUGCACAACCGCACCUCUCGAAUGGACGAAAUAAUUGAGCUGAAGCUGCACGGCGCCGCCCCGCACACCGCCAUUAAAGACCAACUCGACGCUGACAUCGAAAAGGAAAGAGACACAUCUUAA